GAAGAAAUUCUGGUGUUUAUUGCUUCAGUGCCAAGAAACUCGCUGCACUCGUGUACCGAAAUUAAACGCACUUCCAUGUGAUGGUACCACGUUCAACAAGUGUUCGGGCUGACGUAGCUUCCUCAACCGUAAACCCGUGCUUAGUGCUAGUUUGGCCACCUUUGCCUCUGCCGCUAUGCAGUGAAUUCGUCCCGUGUUCUGCAGCACGCUUACGACGAGAGUCUACCGCACGCCAAUGAUGAUGAUGAUGGCAACAGAAUCGGGUACCAAGCCAUGCAUUAACCACGACGAGCUACAUACACCGGAAUCGCUCGCCUCCUCAGCUUCGACGGCCUCGUCAUCGUCAUCCGUUUCCUCGUUGUCGACGGCGUCCGGCAGUAGUUCCCUGUUGGCGCUGUCGAAGCCCGAGCUGGAUCGGUUGAUAGCGGAGAACAUGACCUCGGUGCUGAAGUCACUGAAGAAACGCAAACACGCAAAGAAGCACGCACGAUUGAGGCAGGCGGCUGCAACGGAACAAGAGGGAACAGUGGUGGAAGAAGCAAAGCGAUCGAGUGAAAAGACUGAAGCCAAGAAGAUGGAUCGCAAAGAGAGAAAGGGUGCCAAAUCCCAGCAUAAGAAGGGCCACAAGAAUGGCACACUGGAAUCGAAAACGGAUCCCCCAAAGCAUAGCUUAAAGGAAGUGCAGCCGGGCAGGAAGCACGACCAUACGGCUACGGGCCCGGCGGGUACCGCAUCACCAGCGACGAAUGGUCAACCGCCCGAGAAGACGGGCAAGGAGAACAAAACAAUAAACGCCUUCCAGCUGAUGAUGACGGCACGCUCCAAAUGCAUCGGCUCGAACUCUCCCGGCCGCGAGCGGGAGCCACGGGAGCUCAGCCCGUCGCAGCAGCUGGCUCGCGAAAAGAAGGCAAAGCGCAACCUGCACCUGCAGCAGUGGGCCGCCCAGAAGGGGGCCGGCAAGCGCAAGCUGCAGGAGGAAGCGGAAGAGGAGUACAUCGAGCAUCGGCUGAACAAGCGGGCCAAGCGGCUGAAGAAGCUGAUCGGCAACAUGAGCGCGGAGGUGGUUUUGACCGACGAAGAGAUGCUGCCAAAAGACGAGCCAGCAGGGGUGAAGGAGGAAGUAGUGGUGGUGGAGAUCAAGGGAGAAGAAGAUGCGGAGAAUACACAGUCAGCGGACGAGAUCUUUUUGGUGUCGGACGUUUCCAACGCCUCACCCGCGCGCCCCAAAGUGAAGCAGCGGAAGGUGACGGCGAAGCCACCGUACAAGGCUAGCCCGAAGACACCACAGUCGGAGGAAGUGAAGCAGGAGCAGAUCCCGAAGAAGCGUGGACGGCCUCGGAAAAUUGUCCCGGUACAGCCGGAAGAGCCCGCCGUGAAGGAGACCGCCGCGUCCGACAAUGAGUUUCUCGAGCAGCUUUCCUCGCCGAGAAAGAAAAAGGACAGCCUGCUGGGGUACUUCCCCAAGCUUACGCCCGAAACACGCAAACCGAACGAUUCACCGUCGUUGGGUAAGAGGGAUACAAAGCCAACAUCCCGCACCACCACUCCGGUUGUGAAGGAAGAGGAAGAUAAGCCGAGUACACCUCCAUCGCAGCCCACUUCACGUCCACGGCGCUCCUGCGCCAAUCGCAUCAAAGACUAUUCCGCAUUCGAGCAGUACAGCCCGGCGAAGGAUGAACCGAAAACGGCCACAAGCAAGAAACAGCCGAUCGUGACACCGCUCAAGAUUAUCAAUGUACAGUCGCCGAGCGCCAUGAAGGUGGUAAGGAGUCCCUCGCUGCGAAUGUUUUCCUCCUCCGGGGGUGUGGAAUCGACGGCUGGUAGUGCCAGCAAACCAGCAAACACCACCGAUUGGCCAUCGACACCAAAGUCGGUAAAGUUGGCGCCGCUGUUUGCUCGCUCGUCCGGGGGCAAACCGAAACCACCGGCGGAAGAUCCGGAAAAGGCACGAGCUCGGCAGCUCUUUCUCAUGUCGGGCAUACCGGAAAAGAUGCGCCAGGAGAGGGAAAAGCGCAUCGCGUACGAAGAGCACGUGCUGAAUGAGUCACCCGUCUUUCCGCUGAUUAGCCAUGUGGCACAGGAAGCCGGAGCUGAAUCCAUCCGGCCAGUAAACUUCGAUCGUAGCUGCAUUAAGCUGCGCCCGGAAGAGUUCGAUUCACCGAAAAGAAGCUCCAUGAAGGGUGCGGUCAAGGAUCGGAAGAUUCGGUUCGGCAUGUUUACCGGAGCGAGCGAGGACGAUUUUGACGAAGCGCUGGAAAAAUGCAGCCAACCGAUCGAUCUGGAAGAUCAGGAAGACGUGGGCCGUAAUGGCGCCGUCGCCGAGCUGCCGGAGGUGGGCAAUGUGAAGGAAAUUGUGCGUGAUUACAAGCAGCGCUAUCCGCACUUUCCCGUCUUUCGGUGCUACAAACAGUUCCGCGCAAUCUAUCAAGACCAUCAGCAGCAGCAGCAGCAGCAGCAGCAGCGACAGGAGCAGCAGGACGACCGGCAAGCGCCGGAUGAUAGUGUCGAGUGCAUCGAGCCGACGUACGGCUGUCGGAAUGGGGAGCUGCUGUUUACGGAAAAGUACAAACCACAGACAGCGGAACAAAUACUGAUCAACUUUGCACCUGCGAACCUGCUGACGCAGUUUCUGUCCCUCUGGCAGGAGGAGGGCAGCAGCAGCGCCUUCGGUGGGAAGCGCUCGAACGAAGGCGACUACGCCUUUCUCUCCUCCAACCGGGACGAGGACGAUUUCCUUCUGUCGAACGAUAGCAACAGCUCGUCGUCCAUUCCCGGCGGCUCGUCGUCGUCCGGCCUCUGCAAUCACGUCGUGCUGGUGGGACCGUCCGGCUGUGGCAAAACAUCGAACGUGUACGCGGUCGCGAACGAGCUGAACUUUAACGUGCUCGAAAUCAAUGCCUCAAGCCGGCGGAAGGGCAAGAUCAUCCUGCAGGAGCUGCUGGAAGCGACCCAGAGCCAUCUGGUGCGCCAGAAGCCGGAGCGCUCCAACUCCACCGACGGGUUGAUGGUGAACGGACGCCCGAAGGGAGGAGGAGGCCCGGGUAAGAAAGCGAAUGGGCUGAACGGGAUGUUCCGCUGCCUCGAGCGACGCCCUUCGUUUAACGAAACGACCGGCAGUGGGUCGAAAAAGCGGUCGCUCAUACUGAUCGAAGACGCGGACAUUGUGUUCGACCAGGAUGACGGGUUUCUCGGCGCGAUCAACCAGCUGAUCGCCACGUCGAAGCGGCCGAUCGUGCUGACCACCACGAACCCGGCCUGCGGCCACAUGGCGCGCUACAUGGCGCGCAACAACGUGAUCCGGUACGUCGCGCCGGGGAUAGCGAAUGUGGCCAAGUUUCUGUCGCUGCUGGCGCUCGUCGAGCGGAUACCGAUCGACCAGCACGAUCUGGGCCGGCUGUACGCGUACAACGGGAAGGAUAUGCGCAAAACGCUGAACGAGCUGCAGUUCUUCAUCCAGAGCGGUGGCGAUAUGGCACGCUUCCCCUCUGCGGUGACGAGCGUUCGCAGGGCGGUGGAGCUGCGCGAUGCUGAGGAGGGGGAAGAAGCACAGGCACUCAACACGGCGGCACUGAACGAGACGCGCGAAGAGGACGAUGGGGGAGAACAGAUGGAGGAGGAAAACUCCCCCGGGGCGAAGAUGGCCGUAAGCCGUAAGAAGGUGGCGAAGCGUGACCGGGAGCUCACGAAGCACCAUCACGCCACGCUGUACGAGCUGUUUACGCGCAACCAGAACGAAUCGAUUGUGCUCCGGAUUCCGGUCGAUUUCAAUGCGCUCUGGUGCAACAUGGAGUUGGUGCUGCGGACUGCGGCAAAAGUGACAGCCUCGCCGGCGCCGCUGCCGAAGAGCAGUAAAGGGAAGCGCGGCGGAAAGCGUGCCAGCACCGUGGCAAAGAACGAAGCACCGCCGCCGCCGGAUGUGUUGCUGUGCGAGGAGCUCGCCUCGCUGUACGACAACGUAAGCCACGCGGAGGCGGGCUGGGGUGUGACGCAGCGCAACCGGAUACGGUACGGCAAGGACAUACAGGACGAGCAGCAGCAGCAGCAGCUGGCGAACGAGAUCGGGCACGCGCUGGUGGAAGGCUCCUGGAUCGAGUGGUUCAGCCGGCGGCGGGACACGAGCGCCGAGCCGAGAAGCGUCCGGAAGGCAACGGACGGCGAGAAAGCGAUGGGUGCCAAAGCGUACGACGCACUGCGGAAGGUGGAGCAGGAGCCUCGCCAAACGAUCGCGUCCUACAUUGGCGUCAGUGGGGUACGGUCGCGUGUAACGGCAUGCGAUUACGAGCCGCUGUUGCGUCAAAUCUGUCGCUACGAGCGAACGCGCUCGUCGCUGGAAAGACGCGGCAGCCGGUUCUACCACUAUCUGCGCAACUUUGCCGGGCUGGUGCAGCAGCAACAUCAGCAGCAGCAAUCGACGUCGACAGGUGUGAUGCUGGCGCUCGGACAGCAGAAACCGGCUGGCGGUGGUGGUGGGUUCAGUGUAGAUCACUUCGAUGCGCUCAGCCACUGCUUCGAGGAGCAGCAGCAGCCGGCAGUGGCGAGCGAGACCGGAGAGGACAAUGCGCCGUAGAAUGUAGCGCAGUGCAGCUGGGACCACUGGACGGCGCAGCAAUGUACAGGACGGUGUUACGGUCGGCUGUAGAGGAUGUAGAAGAAUUUAGAAUCGUUUUAAGAAGAAAUAUGAACUAACUGUCCCUUAA